AUGGAUAGUGGUAGUAGAAUAAAUGUUCGAGUUGUUGGCAAUGGGAUAUGGUGGGCAUUAGCAGGAAAUAUUUAUAAAGGUGAUAAUUAUACAGUCCACUUGGAUAAGAAUACUCUUAUGCAAACAGCAUUUCAGGCACGCUUUCCUCCAAACAACAUACAAGCAAAGUGUUUGAAUGUCUCGCAUAUACUUUGUUGGGACACCAUGAAACAGCUAAUAAACAUGAUAAAAAAUAAUAGGGUUGCAGAGUAUAUUAAUGAAUAUGAGCCUGUAAUUGGUGAAUAUACUGCACCAUUGAGUGUAAAGCCCCUUUUAAGGAAAGAAUUUUUGGCCAUCCUGAGGUGA